UCCGUCCAGUGGGCUUUUGAGAGUAGGAGACCGUUUAAGGAGAGUUGUUGACAUGCAGGAUUCUGUCUUGCAUCCUCUAGUCCUGGAUUCUAAUCACCCGGUCACUCGUUUGAUCAUUCACCACUACGACCACCAGUUGCAUCAUCCUGGAUCUGAACGUCUGUUUGCGGAAAUUAGGAGAUACUACUGGAUCUUACGAGGACGUGAAGCUGUUAGGAGGUUUCAACGUGACUGCCCUGAAUGUCAAAGGUGGAGAGCCCAGCCGACAAUCCCUAAGAUGGCGGAUCUACCCUCUGCGCGCCUUCAGCUCUAUAAACCUGCCUUCCAUUCUUGUGGAGUUGACUGCUUUGGCCCUCUGUCUGUGAAAAUUGGAAGGCGUACAGAGAAGCGUUGGGGCAUUCUGUUCAAAUGCUUGACUACCAGAGCUGUGCAUUUGGACUUACUCCCUAGCAUGAGUACAGACUCAUUUCUCAUGGCUCUAAGAAGGUUUGUCGCAAGGAGAGGAACACCAGCACAAUUAUUGUCGGAUCGAGGUACAAACUUCCGUGGAGGUGAAAGGGAGUUACGGGAAGCUUAUGCUGCACUGGUUCCUGACAUACAGCAUCACCUUGCCAAACAAAAGAUACACUUCCGCUUUAAUCCCCCUUCGGCCCCUCACUUUGGUGGGGUUUGGGAAAGAGAAGUCAGAUCUGUCAAAUCAGCCUUGUACACAGUUGUGGGUUCACAGCCCGUUCCUGAGGAGGUCUUAAUGACAGUCUUGCUGGAAGUAGAGGCCAUCCUAAACUCAAAACCUUUAGGAUAUGUGUCGUCAGACGUGGCAGAUGCUGACCCUGUGACCCCAAAUAGUCUCUUAAUGGGGCGGCCCGAUGGAUCUCUACCUCAAGUCAUUUACCCAGAAUCGGAAAUGUUGAGUCGUCGGUACUGGAGACACUCCCAGGUCCUGGCAGACCGAUUCUGGUCUAAGUUCGUGAGGGAUUAUCUUCCAGGUCUCCAAACCCGGCAGAAAUGGCAAGCCUCUCCUCCUGAUUUGAACGAGAAAACCAUUGUUAUGAUUGUGGACCCACAACUACCUCGAAGCUUAUGGCCUGUGGGCCAAGUCAUCAAAACCCACCUAAGCCCAGAUGGUCAUAUCAGGUCAGCAGAUGUGAAGAUAAAGGACCAAGUUUAUACCAGACCAGUAGCCCGCCUGGUCAUCCUGCCAGCUUUACCAAAGGAUGGACUUGACGCCUCCAAGUAAAGUCGCCUUUAUGGGAAGCAAAGAUGCUUGCAUCUUUGGGGGCGGCUGUAUUAAAGGCUCCUUUAAAAGGGACUUUUAUUUUGAAACCGGAGCCGCCGCUGUUCUGCCGAUCGUGAACCGUGUAGUUAGUUGAGCUGCCGCUGUCUGUGGUGCCUGUGUGAACUGUGUGAGCUGUCAUCUAAAUGAUGUGAACAACUGUUUGUUGAUGGUGAUUGCUGCAGAUGUAACAUCAAGAUGUUAGUCACUGACCUCAAAACUAUGUUCAUCUUUGAAUAUGCAUCUGUGGUCCAUCCCUUUACCAUCAAUACAAAUCGUUAAACUGAAUUCCUGUCUCCUCAUUAUUAGUGCUCUGAUCGGCACUCAGAAGGGUUUACUCGUCCGAUACAGAAUCAGAACCUAACAGUCUUAAAGCCUUCCUAACAGUAAUGUUUCUUGUUAGUUCAGUAUACAUACACUAUAUGUGCUGUCAUUAAC